AAUAGGAACUGACCUAAUCAAGCGAAAACAAGCACGGGGUUGACCCUGGACACCCGUUGAUACAUUAAAUUACUGCUACGCUUCUCUCUCCAUUCGAUCACAAUGUGGAGGUUAAAUAGGUGUCUUUACUCUUGCUAAUUUAUAUCCACUCUAGUAUUCCGAUUUUCCAGAUGCAGCAUCCUUGGUAUCCAUCUCCAAUUCAUCGAUUGAUUGAUGCCGACGGCCGGUAGUUAUUCACGCAUCUGUUCGAUACCGGGACAACACAGUGGAAGUUAACACAAUGUCAUUAUAUGAAAAGUGUAACUGCUAAAGACCGAGCUGAAAAGUUAUCGGUAUCUAUAAAUGUCUCGGAAGCUUCCUUCAAAGUUCAGCUUUCCAGGGAAGACGAAAAACCCCCUUGUGACAUUCGUUGCACUGUGUGUCCUGUCCCGAACAAGCGCACAGACAGAUAGGAUAUGUGGACUAUCCUUCAAGCCAUCAUCGUAGCCUGCCUUUUCGGAAAACUGAUUUUUUAUUGACGCUGGCAUAGCACCGCUGCUUUAAGGGAUACGAAUCUAGUGCAACUCCACCUCCCCUUUACUUCUGUCACCGGUUGUAUGUUAUCCUCUCGCGUUAUGACGCUGUAUACUGCAUAAAAAUCAGCGACUAACAUCGAUCGUGUACUGGCUAGUUCGAGACCGUCUGUCAAAAUGUCGUAAUAGCCUCGUAUAUCAUACGUUACAUUACCACUACAUGCUGUGAGGAUCAAUAGCAGAUAGUGCAGCUUCCAUUCUCACUGUGCUCCCCGCCACCAUGGGAAAUUUUCAAUCCUCGUUGUAGAUCGAGUUCUUCCUUCCUUCACGGAAAGACGAAAGCACAUUAGAAAUUUAAACAAUAUGGAUAUCUAACGCUUAACCUUGUAAAUUAGAUUGAACUGUUGUCAAACCAUAUCGUACGGAAGUUGUUUUGUGAACUGUUAUAUGCCAAGCUGAGGUGUCAUACUGUAAGUAAACAUUGAAAGUAUGGAGUCAUCGGCGCUAGAGUCGUCAAAAAGUGACGGAACUCCCCUGCAGAUUCCCGCCAUUGCAACAUCACCUGCAUCGCUAACAGUUCCGACGGAAGAGGAUAUAGACAAGGAUGUGCAAGUUAGUCCGUACAGAUUCGUUAUUUUGCUUCUGUUUUCUCUCUACUCACUUUCCAACGGAUUCCAGUGGAUAGAAUUAUCUAUAAUACGUGACGUUGUCAAAAGCCAUUACUCAGUAUCAGAUCAAUCGGUGAAUUGGACGGCGUUAAUCUAUUGCGCUUCGUAUAUUCCGCUGAUCUUGCCCGCGUCAUGGAUCAUGGAAAAAAAAGGUUUGAGGUGUUCGGUCGUCCUUGGCGCAGCUGGAACCAUGUUAGGCUCAUGGAUCAAGGUGUUCGCAACACCGCGAGAUCUCUUCUGGCUGUUAAUGAUUGGACAAACAAUUGUCGCCUGCUCGCAGAUUUUUAUACUCUCUGUGCCUCCACGCUUAGCGACAGUGUGGUUUGGCUCGCAAGAAGUUUCCCGAGCGUGCGCCGCUGGCGUCUUCGGCAAUCAAUUGGGUAUUGCAUUAGGCUUUCAGGUGCCAACUCUGUUAGUGCCAAUGUCGGAGGAUCAUAAUUUGGUGGCCAAGAACUUGCAGAUUUUGUUCGGGGUUGUCGCUGGCGUAACCUCUGUCGUAUUUAUCGCCAUAUUAUUAGCUUUCCGCGAAAAACCUUCUCGACCUCCAAACAAGGGACAACUGAUGGAAUUGCCCUCUGACUAUCGAAACACAAUGAGACAGCUUGCUACUAACUCAUCCUAUUUGCUGUUACUCAUCUCCUACGGAAUCAACACUGGGACAUUUUAUGCUGUUUCGACCUUACUUAGUCAAGUGUCUUCUAAGUAUUACCCGGACGAAGGCUCAAGGAUUGGCUUUUUAGGUUUUAUGUUAGUCGUCGCUGGUAUGCUGGGCUCGGUUGUAUGCGGAAUUAUGUUGGAUAAGACGAAAAAAUUCAAGGAAAUCACAUUGAUCGUGUACACAAUGUCAAUGAUCUGUAUGUUUGCCUAUACGUUUGUUCUGCCACUUGGACAUGUGUGGCCUUUAUUCUACAUCGCAUUGGCUCUUGGAUUCUUUAUGACAGGUUAUCUUCCACUAGGGUUUGAGUUUGCUUCUGAAUUGACAUAUCCAGAGCACGAGAAUACUUCGGCAGGUUUAUUGAAUGCUGCUGCACAGCUCUUUGGCGUCUUAUUCACAUCAGCGGCAACUGAGCUCUUAGGACGUUUCGGUGAUUGCCCCGCCAACCUUGCGCUUUCUGGAGCAAUGGUAAUAGGAACCAUUAUGACAGCAUUUUGUAAAUCCGAUCUCCGACGGCAACGCGCAUUUGCUGGAGAAUCCCAAACGUUACCAAGUGUCUCGUUGGCGCGGACGUAGAAGAACUAUAACAAUUAUUAUUUAAGGUAAUGCAGUUAUGAAGAAGUAGAGACACCGACUGCAAAUUGUUCAUGCAAACAAUUAACCAUUUAUGUGCUAAACCGAUACAUCGAAGCACAAAGGAACGAGCUUUGUGUCUACUGUCGCACUAGGACGUCAUCCAACAUAUAGACUUAAAGUGUGCCUUAGUGUCUGAUGCAUAAGAACCCUACAAUAGCCUCUAAAAUAUGCUAAGGCUUUGGGCAGAAUCACCAUAUCGAGUGCCUAUCACACAUACUGUGCAUUUGUUUUAAGUUAAACGAUUAUUGGCCAAAAACAUUUAGUAGAAAUCAUGUUGAAAAAAAUUUCGAGAUAUUUAAUGUGACAUAGAAAUAAAUAUGUCUUGUCUGUGAAAUUUCUAUUUUCACUUGUUUAGCUCAUGAUUUGUUUGUUAGUUCCUCUGCCGCUAGAUUCGAUUGUGGAUGAGUGGAGCAGAUAUCAAAAGAAAACUUUCAAAUACAAUGGAGGAAGAUUUCUUCUUGCUGAAUUACUUACUGUUUGUUGUUAGUUUACUUGUGAGCACUAAAGCAUACGCAUAUAACCAUCUGUAUAUGCACAUCGGCGUCUGUGUGUACAUUUUGUUCCCGACAUGUUUAUAUAUUUCGAGUGAAGAAAUUACGGCGUUUACGAGAAGAUUACUUUAGGAAUUUCAUGAGCGUUUUAUUAGGGCAUACUCAAAAUUGUGGAGUUCAAACACAAUAUAAUGUCAAUUCUAGUAACGGCAGAAGGCGAAACUGGGAUCCCAAUACGUACGUUGCAAAAGCAUAGCGUUACCCUACUGAGUUACAAUCCAAGCCGUUUGGAAAAUUUUAUCGGUAAUAAAAAUUAACUUUUUUUUUUAGAAACAUAACGAUAAUUAGUGCUUGCAGUAUUAAAACUGUAUCACGAUUGUGUAUUUGGACUAUUAGCUUAUUUAUUGUUUUAGAAGAAGAAAUUGUGACGC